AUGAAUGGUAAUGAUGCCCUCAAAUUACUCUUUGAUGUUUCCAACUCCAACAGUUUAGAAAACUCCUUACAGAUUCUCAUUCACAUUUCCAAAUCCAAUUCUGGACGUUCCAACCUCGCUUCCAAAACAAUUCUCCCUGCAGUUCUCACUAUUCUUCACUCACAAACCCCUCUUCUAGAUCACCCCAAUCUAUCUUUGUGUUUCAAGCUCCUCAGAAACUUGUGUGCUGGUGAACUCUUAAACCAGAAUCUGUUUCUCGAGUUUGAUGGGGUUGAUGCUGUUGUUUCAAGGAUUUUGACGUUGGAGGUUGGUUCUGAUCACAUGUUGGUUCGGUGGGGUCUGCAGGUUUUGGCAAAUAUUUGUUUGGCUGGGAAGCAGCAUCAGAGGGCUAUUUGGGAAGUGUUGUUUCCAUUUGGUUUUCUGUCUCUUGCAAGACAUGGAACCAAAGAGGUUUGUGAUCCAUUGUGUAUGGUGAUUUAUGCAUGCUGUGAUGGAAAUCCUGAAUGGCUUCAAGAGCUUUAUAGUGACUGUGGUUGGCCUAUAGUGAAAGAACUAGUGAGAACUGCUUCUUCUGCUAGUUUUGGUGAGGAUUGGAUAAAGUUGCUUCUCUCAAGAAUUUGCCUUGAAGAAUCUCAAUUGCGUCUAUUGUUUUCUAAAUUACGAUUUAAGGAUAUUCAUGAGGGUGAAGAUAGUGAGUCAAAAGAAGAUCAGUUUUCAUCUGAACAAGCGUUUCUUCUGCAAACCCUAUCAGAAAUUUUGAACGAGCGAAUCGGAGAUGUUAGUGUUUCGAAGGACGUUGUGUUGUUUGUUUAUAGCAUAUUCGAGAAAUCAAUUGGAGUUCUUGAGCAUGCAGUGAGAGGCAAGUCUGGUCUUCCAACUGGCAUUACUGCAGUGGAUGUUCUUGGCUACUCGCUUAUUAUAUUGAGGGACAUCUGUGCUCAUGACAGCGUGAGAGGUAAUGCAAAGGAUGCAAACAAUGAUGUCAAUGUGUUAUUGUCACAUGGUCUCAUUGAGUCGCUUUUGGCCGUGCUUGGGGAUCUUGAACCUCCAGCAAUAAUCAGAAAAGGAAUCUCACAAUCUGAGAAUCAAGAUGGUGCUAGUUGUUCCUUGAAACCAUGCCCUUACAAGGGCUUUAGGAGAGACAUAGUUGCACUUAUUGGCAACUGCGUACACAGAAGAAAGCAUGCACAAGAUAAACUGAGGAAUAGGAGUGGAGUUCUACUGCUAUUGCAGCAAUGUGUUACUGAUGAAGAUAAUCCUUUCCUGAGAGAAUGGGGCAUAUGGUCUGUUAGGAAUAUGUUGGAGGGUAAUGAAGAAAACCAAAAGGUAGUUUCUGAAUUGCAGCUGCAGGGAUCUGCUGAUACACCCGAAAUUUCUGCACUCGGUCUUCGAGUUGAGGUUGAUAAAAUAACUAGACGCGCAAAGCUUGUAAAUGUCCCAUGA